GGGUGACCGGUGCCCGAGACGGACGGAAGCUGAUUGGCUGCUGCCGGCUGCCUCGCUGGUGGUGUGAUUCUGCAAAUCAUUUCCUUUUGGGGAGAGUGUCGCGAUGGAGGCUUCCGUCUUCCUUGUUGCUGUGAUGCUGGCGCUCGCGGAGGCCCAGGUCGACCUCCUGCCGGCCAGUUACCUGAAGCACGUGCGCCCGAAGACGCCAGAUGGCUCGCCCUUGCGGGUGGGCGUCAGCUGGCACGUCAGCCGCAUCCACCAGGUCGACGUCGACGCCAUGACAGUGCAGCUCUCCGUGCGUCCGGGCGUGGCGUGGGUGGACCCGCGGCUCAACUACACGGGCGAGGACCACAGGGACGACCACGCCCACCUCCUGCCGCUCACCCUCGAGUUCCUGGAGCACGCGUGGAAGCCCGACCUGUUCUUCCUGGACAUGAGGGACGUCAGGAAGUUCGAGAUGAUCGACGAGGUGGCCGGCCUCUGGCUCCUGAGGAACCUCACGCUCUACCUCUCCUUCCUGGCGAUGGUGACCGUGGACUGCCCGAUGCGGUUCCACGCCUACCCGUUCGACGUCCAGAACUGCUCCCUGGCCAUGACAUCCUACGAAUACAACCGAGAGGAGGUAUCUCUGUUCUGGCUGCCCGAGGGCGUCAGCUCGUCGCACCAGCUGACUGACCAGCUGCCCGGCUACGACCUGCGCCUGCUGCCCGCAGUCGUCACCACCCACAGCUGGUGCCAAGACUGCUUCCUGGAGCCGGCCUCGGCCCUGCAGAGCGGCUUCAUUCUGUCGCGCAGGUUCAGCGCCCACCUGCUCAACGCCUACGUUCCUUCGGGUCUGUUCGUGGUCGUGGCCUGGGCGUCGUUCUUCUGGCCGCCCGAGGUCGUUCCGGGUCGCACGGUGCUGGUCGUCACGUCGCUGCUCACCGUCGUGUCCAUGUACACCGGCGUCAGGGCCACCAGCCCACACACGGACUACUUGAAGGCGAUCGACAUCUGGUUCUUCAUGUGCAUCCUCUUCAACGUGCUCGUCUUGCUUCAGUUCGGAACGGUGAUCACCCUCAGGCGGUGCCAGGAGAAGGCGAAGAGCGCCGUCGUCGCGCCUGCUCCCAAGGUAAUGGCUUUGCUGUCCGACGUCGCUCCGGGCGGCGCCCCUCACCGCCUGACGCCCGACCUGACGCAAGUGAAGAAGCUGCAGCGCUGGGAGUACCACUUCGAGCUCGCCUCCAAGGUCCUCUUCCCCGUCGCCUUCGUCGUGUUCAACCUGGUGUACUGGGGGCGCUUCCUCUCGCACAGGGAGUGGCACUGAGGCCCUGGCCAGGCUGGCUCGCAGAUGCGCGCACGCACGCGGAGGCGGGCGGGUCGCGCGCAACCUAUUUGCUCAAGUACCUGCACGUUUUCAAAAUGCUAACACUUUUCCUGCUUCAUGAAUAUAUAUAUAUAUAUAUAUAUAUAUAUAUAUAUAUAUAUAUAUAUAUAUUAUAUA